AUGUCGAAGAUCGCAUCGCGCACCAACACCAUGGGCCUCACUGGCCGGCGGCUGCGCUGGGCCAUCACCGCAACCUCUGUGAUCGGAUUCAGCCUGUUUGGAUACGACCAAGGGCUGAUGUCGGGAAUCAUCACGGGUGUCAAGUUUAACGAGGAGUUCCCUGCCACUGCAGGCACCUCGCACCACGCCACAGUCAUCCAGGGCGCCGUAACCAGCUGCUAUGAGCUCGGCUGCUUUUUCGGAGCCGUCUUCACUCUGCUUCGCGGAGAGAGGAUCGGUCGACGACCGCUCAUGCUCGUAGGUGCCGUACUGAUGAUCAUCGGAACGGUCAUCUCGGUGACCCCAUUCAAAGGACACUGGGCUCUCGGCCAAUUCGUCGUCGGACGAGUCAUCUCUGGACUCGGAAACGGAAUGAACACGGCUACCAUCCCAGUUUGGCAGUCGGAGAUGUCCAAGGCCAAGAACCGAGGUCUGCUCGUCAACCUCGAAGGCGCAGUGAUUGCAUGCGGAACGUUCGUGGCGUACUGGCUCGAUUUUGGGCUGUCGUACGUGCCCAGCAGCGUGCAGUGGCGCUUCCCAAUCGCAUUCCAGAUCGUCUUUGCGGCUAUGCUCUUCGUGGGCGCGUUCAACCUCCCCGAAUCCCCGCGCUGGCUCAUCGCCCGCGGCAGGGACGACGAAGCAAAGCACGUCCUCUUCGCCCUCGAGGGCGAGACGGCCAACAAGGAGGAGAUCGAGCUCGAGGCGCGCAUCAUUCGCGACGCCAUCGAAAAGACCGGCAAACAGGGCGGACUGGGCGAUCUUUUCACCAACGGUAAAACACAGCACUUCCGACGCAUGCUCAUCGGCUCCUCGACUCAGUUCUUCCAGCAAUUCACAGGCUGCAAUGCUUCCAUCUACUAUAGUACGGUUCUAUUCGAAACGUCGCUGCGACAAUCGAGGCGGCUUUCCUUGGUCAUGGGCGGAGUUUUUGCGACGGUAUACGUCAUCUUUACGCUCCCGUCCUUCUUCCUCGUGGAGAGGGUGGGCCGUCGCAAUCUAUUCAUGAUCGGAGCGUUCGGACAGGGCUGCGCAUUCAUCAUCACCAUGGCGUGUCUCGCCGCUCCGGAAACCGUCAGCAACGCCAAGGGUGCCGCGGUGGGUCUCUACCUCUUCAUCGCCAUGUUUGCGUGGACCAUCCUGCCGCUUCCCUGGCUGUACAGUCCAGAGAUCAACCCGCUGCGCACGCGAACCGCCGCCGUCUCGGUCUCGACAUGCACAAACUGGAUUAGCAACUUUGCGGUGGUCAUGUUCACCCCCUUGUUCAUCUCUUCGACGCGAUGGGGUGCGUACCUCUUCUUUGCGCUCGUCAACUUCCUCUGGAUCCCGAUCAUCUUCUUCUUCUACCCCGAAACUGCCGGACGAAGGCUCGAGGAGAUGGAUCUCAUCUUUGCAAAGGCGCACAUCGAGGGCAAGCCGGCGUACCGCAUCGCGAAGCAGAUGCCCAAACUCGAACCUGCCGAGAUCGAGCAGGAGGCUGCAAAGAUCGGUCUGUUCGAGGUGUUGGAGGACCCAGAGGCGUCCGCUUCGACUUCGCCUGGACGAAUCAGCGAUUCCUCCGCUGAAGCAGAAGUCGUCGAUGUAGGAACGAACAAGGAGAAGCCCCAGUAG